CGACCUAAUCUAUGGACAUAGAGGGGAGGACGGCUAAUACAAUGAUUGUGGGUGCUCAGUCGGUCGUUUACCGUCGUCUAAACCGGGAACCUGCCAGUUCGGGACUUACGAUGCAGGUCACGCUAGUCCUCCUGAGUAUAUUCGCGUGCGCGUACGUCACCGCGUACCCUGCGCCGGAGUUGACGGACGCGCAACUGGAUCAGAUCCUGUACAAUCCGACCACAGUCAAAAUGUACAUCAAGUGCGCUACGGGCGAGGGCAUUUGCGAUGGCGUUGGGAAGCGGAUGAGAACGCUCGCUCCGUUGGUGCUCCGCGGCGCAUGCCCACAGUGCUCAGCUCGGGAGACCCGCCAGAUCCGCCGCACGCUUGCCUUCAUCCAGAGAAACUAUCCGUGGGAGUGGGCAAAGAUCAUGAAACUAUCACUCCUUGUUGUCGCGAGCGUGCUUGCGUGCGUAUACGCGCAAGCACGGCCGCCAGUGUCCGACACGGCACUUGAAGACGCGCUGAAUGACAAGCGCUUUAUUCAGCGACAGCUCAAGUGCGCGCUGGGCGAAGCGCCCUGUGACCCCAUCGGGAAGAGACUCAAAACCCUCGCCCCACUGGUGUUGCGCGGAGCUUGUCCACAAUGCACGCCACAGGAGACCAAGCAGAUCCAACGCACGCUCUCCUACGUGCAACGCAACUUCCCCGCAGAAUGGGCUAAGAUCGUCCGCCAGUAUGCCGGUUAAACGCCUGCAGAUUUCGUAGUCUGUUAAGCCCUCGUCGCUAGAAAAAACGCGGCAAUUUAAAAAGAGUUUAGGUGUGAAUGUUUAUCGGCCCAUAGACAAUUUUAAUUUGGCGCCUUUUUCUAGUGACAAACUUGUUUGACUGUCUAUAGUUAGGACGUAGUAGGCGUAGGCUUUGGCUAACAUCACCCGUUUUCUUAGAUUAGGAAUUACAUACAUCUGAAAAGGAGAUUGUCGCCAAAAUCGAAACAUUGAAAAUAGUUUCCUGACAAGACCCUAUUAAACACCAAUAGAAUAAGUUACCAAGCCCCUAUACUAGUAUCAAAUAUGUCACAAAACUGAUGUUGCCAAAGCCGACACAUUACAACCUUUUACAAACACUCAUCAGAUAUCAUGUAUCUGUAUGUUUUUAUACAAUGUGCUCAUGCUCCGUGGUUGUACUGAUUGUUGUUGAUCAAUUUGGAGUCCUAGUUUAAUUGGUUUUCUAAUGCUAGUUCUAUGGAAUAACCAAUUUAACUAGAACCCUUAGUGGCUUAAUAAUCAAUUACGUGGCCGUUUGUGUUUAAUUCUCCUUGACUUGUACAUUGGCUUUGUUAUUGUUUUAUCUAACUAUUUACUUUGAAAUAAAAACUAACCGAUUUCAAAAAUAUUGCAUAUAAAUUUUACGAAAACACAUGAAAAUUACCAAAGCAGCUAAAACUAUUGAUUACAAACUCAAGUAGGUUAUUAAGUCAUUAUUAAAUUAUUUGAAUAGUAUACGUAGAUUAUCUUCACUAUUGAAUUAAAUAUACUAUAAGUAGUUUUUA